AUCCGCAGAAACCGUUCGACCGGAUGCUGCCAGCCAUCGUGCCAGCGUGCAGUGAAAAAUCGUCGCCAGUCGCCAGUUCGCCAGCGUCCGUUGGCUGGUGCGAGCGUGUCCUACCUGCCGAGCCUCAGCAAUCAACUUCGAUCAAUCCAGACUGUCGAGCGGCAACAGCGUGGAUCGCAGCUUCGCGAUCCUGCAUCUGAGCACGCUCCCGCUGCCAGUUUGCGCGCAUUUAUUUCGUGUGUGGAUGUGUGUGUGUGUGUAUGGAUGUGUGAAAGUGCAUGUGAGCUAGAAAAAUAAAAAUAAAUGCAACCGUUUGUAAAGGGCAAUGUUGGGUGAAAUCGGUAUCGAUAAAACAGCAGUUCUGUGAGCAGUUACAUACAUCAUUGUGAGUUAGUGGUUUUGUUUGUGGUGGUGAAUUUAAAUCAGUUUUAUCCCUGUCUAAUGUAGACGCGGAAGAAAACAAACCUAUCAGCCCGCGCCCCACACGACCGACUACCAUCAGCAAAACAACGCGCAGAGAGGGACGAGCCACGUGCGGGAUGGCGAUGCGGGGUGUUAUGAUGUUGUUUUUUCAGGUGCUGAUCCUCUGCUUCCAGGCGAAGGCUUGGCACGCAGUUAGACGAUCGUUUGAGCUGGAGCACACGACAGCACCGCAGGAAAAGCUACAUCUCAUCACGGACUGUAUGCACGUCACGUCGGAGGAGGGCGAGUUUUCGUUCGUCAAGCUGCCACCGGUAAGAUCGACGUCCAAGCACGGCGCCCACUGGAUGACGCCGGGCGUCGAGUCCGCGGAACGUGCCGACCCGGAUGACCCUACGCUGGGCGCGGCGACCGUGUGCGGGGUGUACUUUGUGGCCGAUCCCGACCAAACCAUCGAGGUGACGAUGAGGCAGGUGAACGUGGACUGCCGCACCGGCGGGCUGAUGGCGUUCGUCGACGGCUGGGAGCUGAACGGGCAAUACUUCCCGGGCGAGCGCGACCACGAGAAGCCGCUGGAGCUGCGGGUGCAGGAGUUCUGUGCCGAGCAGGGAGCGUCGGCCGGGGGCGGACCGUGGCCGCCCAAAACGGUCGGUGCCGCCUCGAACGCUUGGGUGUUUCGCUCGAGCCAGAAUGCGGCCCUGGUACAGUACCGCAUACCCGAGCGUGGUUCGUUCGUCCUGUCCGCCCGAUUCCAUCACAAUCCAAAGCCAUGCAACAUCAUGGCGGAGGGUUUGGCACCGUACUACAUGUUGCGUAACUAUGGCCUGCGUCGGAACUGCACGCUGACUGCUCUGUUCCCGGCCGUUGUAUCCGUCGUCGCCGUGGAGGUGGGAGAAAUCAAUGAGAGUGUCCGUUACUGCGAACGCGUCAGAAUGGAUGAUAGGCUCGAGGUCGGUGGCUCGGUUGGACUGGACCCGUCCUACCAGCUGGUACGCGCGAGCACCAUCUGUGGCCGGAGCCGCGGUCGCGUGGACCUGGACCAGACCAUCCUGUGCGGUACGACCUCGGUGCGGCUGAUCUCUAGCGGGCGGUACAGCAACCAGGCCAUGGUGACGAUGCGCAUGGCCGACGAAUCGGACCUCCAGCUGGCGACGGUGAUCUGCGAGAUGUAAAAUGGGAACAGCACAUGCACACAUACACACACACACACCCAACCACACGUACAAGGUUACACAUUCGCAAAUUCCCUUUUACAAUCUGCAAACGGAGAUAACUGGCAAACAGGGUUUUGGACAACAGGAAUAAAGAUACAGCGAAACUGGAGAGAACAGAUGCAAAUGCGCCGUGAACCAAAAAAAAAACAGAAACUCGUCCACGCACACCAACCAUUAAGGCACAGUUUUAAAAUGUCGCUAGAACUCCCAAUUUUGAAAAAAAAACGCAUAUAAACACAAAGAGCGUAUACAAUGUCCGAGAUAAACAAACAAAAAAGAAAACAGAAAAGAACGAAACAAGGUAUCAACAAAACAGUAGAAUGAAAUGUGCACUGCGCGCACGCUAAGGUAAAAACAAAACAAAAAAAAAAUAAUGCAAAUGCAAAGAAAAUGUA